GGUACAUAAUCAUCUCUGCCCAUACCCUUUUUUUAGACCUUCGCCGAACCCACCAACUCUUUUUUUUUCUCUCGCCAUACUCUUCCCCAAGUGGGCUUACGAUUUCCUCACUUUUUCUCCUUCUGAUUUGAAGCUUGCCCUGCUUCGUCCUCGAUUCUCGGGUAGCUGUCGUGCCAACGGUAUAACUCUGUGCUAUCCCCGUAUUCCAGCCACACUCUAGGCAGAGAGCAAGUAAGGGAGAGAGAGAGAGAGAGAGAGAGCACACGCUCGCCUGGGGCAACCGACCAUGGCUCCACGGGAGAAGAGCAAAUUGAAGCGAGGCCGAGAAUCUCACCCCAGUAACGACCCCGACCUUUCCAAGAAACCUCGCCGAUCCGGCCGCCUGUCCCAGAAGGCGGAGAGCGCUUCGCAACAGAAGACCCCCGUGGCUACAAACGAGCAGAAGCUGCCCACCCCCGUUACCCACCAGGCCGAAAGCAGCGAGCUCUACAAGGAACCCACAGCCGAGCCACCCGAGGGGCGGCCGAGUCAGGUCACCCAUCGCACCCCCGACGAAACCUUCUCCCAGGCCCACGUCUUCUCGUCGCCUCCGGAGGACACCCAGGCUUUCCCGACCUCCCAAUUCGUCGACGCGAACGCUGCCCUAUCUAACGAGGUCCAGGAUGAGGAGAAGGAAGGCGUAUGGGGCUACCUCCUACCCAUUUAUUCGAGGUACGGAGGGAGCUGUGUGGUCCUGAAGAAGCGGUCGACGUGCCCUAUUGCCGAUGACGUCUCUGGCGUGUUGGCCAACCCGGAGGCCGGCGCCACCGCGCUGGAGCGAGAAGAGAGCCUCGAGCGGUCCAAGACCAAGAGUGUGCCGUCCGGGGGCUACCUGAUCGGACGACACCCCGAAUGCGACAUCAUCGUGGACGAUCCGGUAGUCUCCAACCGGCACUGCCUACUAUUCACCGAGCACAACGGAGACGACACCGUCGCCAUCCUCGAGGAUCUGUCAAGCAACGGGACUUUUGUCAACGAGGCCAUCGUCGGGCGGAACCAGCGCCGCGAACUGCGCGAACAGGACGAAAUUGCGGUGAUGGACAAGGCUAGAUUCAUCUUCCGGUACCCGCAAAGUCGCGCGUCCAGCGCCUUCGCCCAGCAAUACACCCUGCUGGACCGUCUGGGCAAGGGCCAUUUCGCCGAAGUGUAUCUGUGCGUGGAAAAGUCCACCGGUCAGCAGUACGCCGUCAAGAAAUUCACCAAUCCCCCCGGCAUGGACGAGAGGUCCAAGAAGUCUGGUCUGGAGCAGGAGAUCGCGGUCCUGAUGGGUGUCAGCCACCCUAACGUCCUAUGUUUGAAGGAUACGUUCAACGAGAAGAACGACGUGUACCUCGUGCUGGAGCUGGCUCGGGAAGGCGAAUUGUUUAAUUACAUCGUCAUGAAACAGAAGCUGACCGAGAAUGAGGCGAGGAAGCUCUUCAUCCAGCUGUUCCAGGGCAUCAAAUACCUACACGACCGGAAUAUCGUCCAUCGAGACGUCAAACCCGAGAAUAUCCUGCUGGUCGACAAAGAACUGCACGUCAAGCUUGCUGAUUUCGGCCUCGCCAAGAUCAUCGGCGAGGAGUCUUUCACGACCACAUUAUGCGGGACCCCCAGCUACGUCGCCCCCGAAAUCCUAGCAGAAGGAAGGCAUAGGAAGUACACCAAAGCCGUGGAUAUUUGGUCACUCGGCGUAGUGUUAUAUAUCUGCCUAUGCGGAUUCCCCCCCUUCUCGGACGAACUUUGUAGCCGCGAAUUCCCAUUUACCCUCUCGCAGCAGAUUAAAAGUGGACGGUUCGACUAUCCCUCGCCUUACUGGGAUUCCGUGGGCGAUCCAGCUUUGGAUCUGAUCGAUCAUAUGCUCGUCGUUGAACCAGAGAAGCGCUACACGAUCGAUCAAUGUCUGACUCACCCGUGGCUGACCCAAAAGUUGCUGGGCACGAAUGACAGCACCGACGGACUGGUCGCCGGCAUCGGCGGUCUCGAGGUGCAACGGCGAGGCGUGGUUCGGGAGCGGACGUUACUGAGCUCCAUCAAUUCGGUACAGGUCACUAACAAAAUCCCUCCGGGUCCGAGCUCCAAAAAAGGCACUGUCAAAGUGUUUUCUAAAAACCCGGGUGCGGAUACCCGAAAUUCAGCUACGACGGAGCAGCCCCGACCUGCGGAUCAACGAGAUACGAAGGAAUUCAUGGAGAUGGGUGGUAAGGGCGACCAAGAGCUAUUCGGUGACGAUGCGACGAGCGUCUACUCUAAAACUGAAACUGCCGCGGCCGCGGGCAAGGUAAAGGGGAAGGGGAAGGGGAAGGGGAAGACUAAUGGCAAAUGAAGGAGGACGGCGGCGACGACGGGGUGUAGUGCUAGGCGGUACACGGAACAGCUAUCGUCGAAGACAGCUCGGGGGUCAUGGGCGUCGUUUCACUCAUGAGUUAUGGUAUAUAGCGGGCUAGCGGAUCUUGGUAGUUUUUUCCGUGUCGAUUUUCAGAUACAUGGACGCUUAGCCGCGGGGGAGUAUCGUUUUGUUUGCCUCUCGAAAAGAGGUUCUUCCAUUUCCAGAGUUAUACGGCAUCGGAAUCUCGAGGAGAGGGUUUCAUCCGGACUUGACAUUAAAAAAAAGGCAAGGGGAUUUCGCCUUAGUUGACAUUACAUAGCCGUCGGGAUAUCCCGCGAUAAUAUCUCCGCAACUCGCCUUACGAGCUCUACAAUACGACAAAUUGAAAACCGCCGCGUCGGCCGAGUCAAGGCCGGAAACGAAGAUGCGGUAUUUGGAUUUACGGGUCUGCUCGUUGAGGUUGAAAACCG